AAUCUCAUAAACAAAACAAAAAGAUAUCAAUCUCCCUAGAAAUGGCGCAUUAUCAGAACACAUACAGUGCAGUUCCCCAAACCGACGAACAUGGCUACCCAGUUCGGCCUACAGAUGAUUUUGGCAGUCCCGUUGAGCACACUGGCACCACCGGUGCAUAUCCCACCACCUAUGGGGGACAUCACAAAGAGCAUCAUGGGGUUUCCGGUAUACUCCAUCGCUCUGGAAGCUCAAGCUCCUCGUCUUCGUCUGAGGAUGAUGGGCAUGGUGGGAGGAGGAGGAAGAAGAAGAGCCUGAAGGACAAGAUAAAAGAGAAGCUACCGGGAUCUCACAAGAACGAACCUCAAGCUGCGUCAACUACAACACCUGCAGGUGCUGCUGCAACUCACCACGAGAAGAAAGGCGUGAUGGACAAGAUCAAGGAGAAGCUCCCUGGAUGCCAUUAAUUAAGACGUUUGCAACUCCUAAUUAUAAAAUAGUUAACAUGCUUCUCUGUAGACUACAUACACAAGACACCUUGCAAGGGUGUUUACUACAGUGGAGCAAUGAAAAGUAUAACGGCAGUGUAUAAUAAAGUAAUGUAUGUGCU